AUGCUCAUCAUCCGCCGGCUCACUGGUCAGCCCACCUGCCCAGGUGACGCUCAGAAGGAUGCAUUGCUGCAACUGGCCUCUGUGGUUGAAGCCAGCACUUUACGUGCUGCCAUCAAGGAGACGCUGGAGACUGUGCUCCCAAAAGUGGAGUGUGUGUUCGUAUACCUGUUAGAGGCGGAGUCACGGCUGGUUUGUGCAGACCCGUCCCAUGAGCUCCACUCAGAGGGCAAGCUCAGAGACAUGGUGACACAGCUGAGGAGAGUGCAGUGUGCAGGUCUGCCAUCGUCAGAACUGCACGAGAAACAGAGAAACUGCCUGGCAGCUCCUCAACCAUCUGACAAACAAGUGAUCGUGAUCCCAUUGGUUGAUCAGGAUGAUGGGGUGGUAAUUACUGUCAUACUGGUAAGCUGCCCGCCACUCAGUGACCAGGACGAGCAGAAUCUCAAUGUCCUGGAGAAACACCUUGUCGUAGCCUGUAAGAGAGUCCGAGCUCUGCAGAAGAACACAAAAUGGCAGUCAUCUGGACCGCUCUCUCCUCAAUCCCACAAUGCACCGCUCCAACCUGACAGCACAGCCAAGGAAGAGGACUACUGCGAACUGGAUCGCAAAAUCCUACAGUUAUGUGGUGAGCUGUAUGAUCUGGACGCGGCCUCGCUGCAGCUCAAAGUCAUCAAUUACUUGCAGAAGGAAACACAGUCUCAGUGUUGCUGUCUGUUACUGGUGUCUGAAGACAAUCACCAACUGUUCUGUCAGGUGGUUGGAGACAAAGUUCUGGAGGAAGAGAUCAGUUUUCCGCUCAUGUUCGGCCGCUUUGGACAGGUUGUGGAGAAGAAGAAAUCCAUCACUCUAUCUGACAUUAUUCCGGAGGAGAGGAGACAGCUGAACAGUAUGCUGGGCUUUGAGGCUCACUCUAUGCUGUGUGUCCCCGUCAUCAGUCAGGCCACUGCACAGGUCGUCGCUCUCGCCUGCGCAUUCAACAAACAGGGAGGACACAGCUACACGGAGGCAGAUGAGCAUAAGAUACAGCACUGUUUCUGCUACACCUCCACUGUCCUGACCAGCACCCUGGCUUUCCAGAAAGAGCAGAAACUCAAGUUUGAAUGUCAGGCAUUGCUGCAAGUGGCCAAAAAUCUCUUCACACACCUCGAUGAUGUGUCAGUGCUGCUCCAAGAGAUCAUUGUAGAGGCCAGAAACCUGAGUAAUGCAGAAAUCUGUUCAGUUUUUCUGCUGGACAGGUUGAGUCAUGAGUUGGUGGCUAAAGUGUUUGAUGGAGGUGUGGUGAAUGAUGAUGAGAAGGAGUUCCGUAUCCCAGCCGAUCAGGGUAUAGCAGGUCACGUUGCAACCACAGGAAAGAUCCUGAAUAUUAAAGAUGCCUAUUCUCACCCUCUCUUCUACCGCGGGGUGGAUGACAGCACUGGCUUCAGAACACGCAACAUCCUUUGUUUCCCCAUCAAAGACGAGAACGGAGAGGUGAUUGGGGUGGCAGAGUUGGUGAAUAAGACAAAUGGCCCCUGGUUCAACCGAUUUGACGAGGAUCUGGCAACCGCUUUCUCCAUCUACUGUGGCAUAAGCAUAGCCCACUCUCUGCUGUAUAAGAAGGUGCAUGAGGCACAGUUCCGCAGUCACCUGGCCAAUGAGAUGAUGAUGUAUCACAUGAAAGUGUCAGAUGAGGAAGUGUCCAAACUGCUGACCAAUGGCAUUCAGCCUGUGGAGGAAAUCCACCCCAGCUUCGCCGAGUUCACCUACACACCACGCUCUCUGCCCGACGACAGCACACCCAUGGGCAUUUUGAGCAUGUUUGAGGACAUGGGCUUCAUUAACACCUACAAGAUCGACCUACGCACUCUGGCAAGGUUUUGUCUCAUGGUGAAGAAAGGCUACAGAGAUCCUCCAUACCAUAACUGGAUGCAUGCCUUCUCUGUGUCUCAUUUCUGUUACCUACUGUACAAGAACCUGGAGCUCUCCAACUACCUUCAGGAUAUAGAGAUCCUUGCUCUCUUUGUGUCCUGUAUGUGUCAUGAUCUGGACCACAGAGGAACAAACAACUCUUUCCAGGUGGCCUCGAAAUCAGUUUUGGCUGCUCUUUACAGCUCAGAGGGUUCGGUCAUGGAGAGGCAUCAUUUUGCCCAGGCUAUUGCAAUCCUGAACACACAAGGUUGUAACAUCUUUGAAAAGUUCUCCAGAAAGGAUUACCAAAGAAUGCUGGACCUGAUGAGAGACAUCAUUCUGGCCACUGAUUUAGCACAUCACCUCCGCAUCUUCAAAGACCUGCAGAAAAUGGCCAACGCUGGCUAUAACCCCAGGAAUCAUCACCAUCACAGUCUGUUGCUGUGCCUGCUCAUGACCUCCUGUGACCUUUCUGACCAGACCAAGGGCUGGAAGACCACCAGGAAGAUUGCGGAGCUCAUCUACAAAGAGUUCUUCUCUCAGGGCGAUCUGGAGAAAGCAAUGGGGAACAGACCCAGUGAGAUGAUGGACAGGGAGAAAGCCUACAUCCCAGAAUUACAGAUAAGCUUCAUGGAACACAUCGCCAUGCCCAUAUACAAACUUCUUCAGGAGAUCUUUCCACGGGCGACUGAGCUUUACGAGCGGGUGGCGGCCAAUCGAGAGCAGUGGACCAAAGUCUCCCACAAGUUCACCAUCCGCGGGUUGCCAAGCAACAACUCAUUGGACUUCCUGGACGAGGAGUACGAGCUGAUGCAAUCCCAGGGUGCAUUUGGGGACGACGCCCACCGGAUGAACGGCUGUCUGGAGGAGUGCAGCAAGCGAGAUCAGUGA